UCACUUACGUAAUCCGAGGUGGAGGUCGAUGCAACUCCACCGCCGACCCUGAUAGCCACGUCUCUCCGAAAUGACUCGAACGACAUCCGCCCUCCUGUCCACUCCCCACCCCUCGCUCCCACUUCGCAACGACUCUUGACUGCGCGCUCACUGCAUGGCAGACGCCAUCAUUGAGAUCAAGACAUCUUCCGACGUCAGCAAAGAUGCAGCGCUGAAUGGCGAGCUAGUCGAGCUCAUCAAUCGAGCUUUUGCAGCCACGAAGAGCAGGUUUCCGGAAGAGUGGGAUCUGAGCAAGCCUCGUUUGCUCGUCGACGACCCGAUAACGCUUGCAUUGGGUGACGACGCGCUGGUAGCUCUGGUCAGAGAUGCUGCGGGCGGAAGCUUGGUCGCAGCAGUCGCAGCAGCUCCGAUGCCCAACGGACCUCGCUGUCCUGAGCCGACGUCCAGCAAAGGUCCCUGGUUCGAGAUCAAGCUGGCGUCUGCUGAUCCAUCGCGACAGCGAACAGGACUGGUAUCCCGUGCGCUCUUUACGCUCGAAGAACACCUCUUCGUCGCAGUCCGUGGGCCGAUCAACAUGUCUCUACAAACUUGCAUCGCUCUUACAGGGGACUACUGGCCCAAGAGGGGGUUCAAAACGAUACAUACCGAAGAGGCGGCGACGGGGACCUGGCACUCUCUGAGGCCUUUCACGAUCAUGACGCUCGCCAAGAGCUUGAAAGCAGCGACUCAAUCGAAUUGAACUGCGUUACGAUUUCCGCGAAUGCAUCAUCAUUCGGACGAGCGUCGGCAGAUACCGCGUAUGCUGGUUUGCAGCGAGGGCGCAACAGUAAGGCUGCAGAUCUUGUGAUCCGUCUCGUGGACCCGGCCAUUGACGGCCGCAAAAACACAGCUGCCGUCGUCGCAGUCGUUGUCAGGGUUG